AAAGGAGGAUAAAAGCGUAAGGUGGUUGAAGUUUUAAGCAUUUGACUUCGGCGUCUUCGUCAUCGUUGGCGGUUUCUCCUGCGUGCAGGUGCAGGUGGAGAGAAACGAACUUUUAAAAACCUCUGACCCAUACCCCUUCCCCAUUUUCCUUUUCCAUCGAUCUACCUAUCUAUCUAUCUUCUCGCGCCACCUUCCCUUGAAUCUUCUUCGCUACGCUCAUAUUCCCUUCAUGGCCACGGUUUCUCCUCUCGCCAAGUACAAGCUCGUCUUCCUCGGCGAUCAAUCCGUUGGCAAAACUAGCAUUAUCACCCGCUUCAUGUACGACAAGUUUGAUACCACCUAUCAGGCUACAAUUGGAAUCGACUUUUUGUCCAAAACAAUGUACCUUGAAGACCGAACAAUUCGGUUGCAGCUUUGGGAUACUGCUGGACAAGAAAGAUUUAGGAGUCUUAUUCCAAGUUAUAUAAGAGAUUCCUCUGUCGCAGUAGUAGUCUAUGAUGUAUCUAAUAGACAAUCAUUCUUGAAUACUACCAAGUGGAUUGAGGAGGUACGAACAGAACGGGGCAGUGAUGUGAUAAUUGUUCUUGUUGGGAACAAAACUGAUCUUGUUGAGAAAAGGCAAGUUUCAAUCGAAGAAGGUGAUGCCAAAUCUCGCGAGUUUGGAGUCAUGUUCAUAGAAACUAGUGCCAAAGCUGGCUUCAACAUCAAGCCUCUCUUCCGUAAGAUUGCUGCAGCGCUGCCAGGGAUGGAAACUCUGUCUUCUACAAGGCAGGAGGACAUGGUUGACGUAAAUUUGAAGCCUGCAGUGAAUUCAUCCCAUACGGAACAGCAAGGAGGAGGUUGUGCGUGCUAGAGGAUAUGUAAGUUCAAUACAUAAGAAAAAUGCUGCAGAAAUGAAAUAGUAAACGCAAUCAUUCACCGGUGAGUUAGUUCAACAAAUUAACAUCCGAAAUUUUCUAACGAUAAGAUGUUUGUAAUAUUGUAUGCCAUUAGAUUCUUUUUGCGUUCCCAAAGAACAAAA